CCCACCUCCUUGGGAAUUGGCUGCUCAGGUCCUAGGGGGCGGCCCCAGCGUGGGGAUGAAGUCCGGCUUUGCGGGCGCGGGCUGCGUGGGGUUUCAGUCACUGGUGGACAAAGCGCCGCGCGCUGGUGUUGCGGCCCGGGCGGAGAUCCCCGUCACCCUCCCUUUCCUUCCACACGGGCUCGCUCGCUCUUCCUCCGCGCCUUGCCCUCCCCCGGACUCCCGGGUACGGCCCCUUCGGGGGAGGGUGGGGCGCUCGGGUCUCCUGGCCCCGCGUGCGUGUGUCCGAGCAGCCCCGGGCGGUGGGCGAGGACGCGGCUUGGGUACCCGGGAGGGGCCGCACCACCGGGUCUGCAGGAAGCGGAGGCGGCCGCGGCUCGAGGACCGGCUCGGCGGGGUGAGAGACACCCGGAAACGGAUUCCGCUUCGGGGCCAGCGCGAGCCGGGUGUUUCGGAGGGCGCGAGAGGAGCUGGCGGGCGCUGCUGAGUAAUCCCCGCGGCGGCGGCCGGGCGCCCACCUCCCCCGCCGCUCUGCAGCCGGGCCGCGGCUCCUCCCUCCGCGGCCCUUUCCUCCUCCUCCCUCGUCUCCCCUCUCUUCCCCUCCCCUCCCGGCUCCGCUCGGCUCCCGGCAGGUAGAACCGGGCUCCGGGCGCGCGUGCGGCCGCAGCAGCUGCUCCCGACCUCGCCUCGGCCCAACCCGGGGCCUCGCGCGCCCAUGGCCGGCUCCGAGCAGCAGCGGCCGCGGCGGCGGGACGACGGAGACUCGGACGCGGCGGCGGCGGCGGCGGCGGCUCCCCUGCAGGACGCGGAGCUGGCCCUGGCCGGCAUCAACAUGCUGCUCAACAACGGCUUCAGGGAGUCGGACCAGCUUUUCAAACAAUACAGAAAUCAUAGCCCACUCAUGAGUUUUGGAGCCAGUUUUGUCAGUUUUUUGAAUGCCAUGAUGACAUUUGAGGAAGAAAAAAUGCAGUUGGCAUGUGAUGACUUAAAAACUACAGAAAAACUAUGUGAAAGUGAAGAGGCUGGAGUAAUAGAAACAAUCAAGAAUAAAAUUAAGAAGAAUGUUGAUGUCCGAAAAUCCGCCCCCUCUAUGGUUGAUCGGCUUCAGAGGCAGAUAAUCAUAGCUGACUGUCAGGUUUACCUGGCUGUGCUUUCGUUUGUAAAACAAGAAUUGUCAGCUUACAUCAAAGGUGGGUGGAUCCUCAGGAAAGCCUGGAAGAUUUACAAUAAAUGCUAUCUGGACAUCAAUGCCCUUCAGGAGCUGUAUCAGAAGAAGUUAACUGAAGAGUCCUUGACUUCUGAUGCUGCAAAUGAUAAUCACAUUGUGGCUGAAGGGGUGUCUGAGGAGUCUCUGAACAGACUGAAAGGUGCUGUUAGCUUUGGAUAUGGCCUUUUUCACCUUUGCAUAUCCAUGGUGCCCCCAAACCUGCUCAAAAUCAUCAACCUGCUGGGUUUUCCUGGAGACCGCCUACAGGGGCUUUCUUCACUGAUGUAUGCAAGCGAAAGUAAGGACAUGAAGGCCCCUUUAGCUACAUUAGCUCUGCUCUGGUAUCAUACUGUAGUCCGCCCGUUUUUUGCCUUGGAUGGCAGUGAUAACAAGGCAGGCCUGGAUGAAGCUAAGGAAAUUCUCCUUAAAAAGGAAGCUGCUUAUCCAAACUCUUCCCUCUUUAUGUUUUUCAAGGGACGGAUACAACGACUAGAGUGUCAAAUCAACAGUGCCUUGACGUCUUUCCACACUGCUUUGGAACUUGCAGUAGAUCAGCGAGAAAUUCAGCAUGUCUGUCUGUAUGAAAUUGGUUGGUGCAGCAUGAUAGAGCUCAAUUUCAAGGAUGCGUUUGAUUCCUUUGAGAGGCUAAAGAACGAGUCCAGGUGGUCCCAGUGCUAUUAUGCCUACUUGACUGCAGUUUGUCAGGGAGCCACUGGUGAUGUGGAUGGGGCACAGAUUGUCUUUAAAGAAGUUCAGAAACUCUUCAAAAGGAAAAACAAUCAGAUUGAACAGUUCUCAGUGAAAAAGGCAGAGCGAUUUCGGAAGCAAACCCCAACCAAAGCGCUGUGUGUGCUGGCGUCCAUCGAAGUGUUGUACUUGUGGAAAGCUCUUCCAAACUGUUCCUUCCCCAACCUGCAGAGGAUGAGCCAAGCUUGCCAUGCAGUGGAUGAUUCAUCUGUUGUUGGAUUAAAGUAUUUGCUUCUUGGUGCCAUACACAAAUGCCUAGGAAACUCAGAAGAUGCUGUUCAGUACUUCCAGCGGGCUGUGAAAGAUGAAUUGUGUCGUCAGAAUAACUUGUACGUUCAGCCUUAUGCCUGUUAUGAACUUGGCUGUCUUCUAUUAGACAAACCAGAGACUGUAGGAAGAGGCAGAACUCUACUUCUUCAAGCAAAGGAGGAUUUCUCUGGCUACGACUUUGAAAACAGAUUGCAUGUCCGCAUCCAUGCUGCUCUGGCCUCUCUGAGGGAAUUAGUUCCUCAGUGACAGACCCGGAACACCUGCUCUGUCCCUCCCCACCCAGGGUCCGCACUUUAAAAUAAAAGCAGAGGACAAAGCUCUUGUGAAGAUCGGCUUUUCUUCUGAAAACCACCUGUGCCAGGGACACAUUUUCCCACUUAAGCUGACAUAUUAAAGAUCUCCUCUUUUAAACAUGUAGCUAAAAAGUAAUAAUGAUGUUGAGGAGGAGGAUGAUGGUUAUAACUAACCACCUGGGGAGAGGGUUAAGUGACCUUGCUCAAACAUUUUAGUUUUGUGAUUUAUUAUUUUUAAAAGUCAAACAAAAUAUCCAACCCAAGAUCCUGUAGGAACACCUACCGUAAGCACAUAUCUGAAUGGGUAACAUAUCUGUAAAUUAUUAACAAUAUCAUGACAUAGCAUUUAUAUUUGUGUUUUGAAAAAAUAAAAGUGCUUUCUAGCGUUUUACUUUAUCUUCA